AUGAACGGCGCUCAAUUCACAGAUCGGGCAAACAAGGCCUUGCUGGAUGCCAGCGGCUUGGCUGAACAAUAUGCCCACUCGCAAAUCCUACCCCUCCACCUGGCUGUCACUCUUCUCAACCCAACUCCAGAUGAAUCCGAAGAUCAACAGCCCGUGGGCCACUCCUCCCACGAAUCCUCCUCUACCCCGCUAUUCCGCCAGGUCAUCGAACGUGCUCAUGGUGACCCUCAGGUACUCGAUCGGUCACUAAUGAAGCUGUUGGUUCGUCUGCCGAGUCAAGACCCGCCCCCAGAGACUGUUGCCGUCUCUCCACAACUUGCAAAGGUCCUCCGAUCCGCUGCCGACCUGUCAAAGACACAGAAGGACAGCUUUGUCGCGGUCGAUCACUUGAUUCAAACGGUUGUCCAGGAUUCUCAGGUCGAACGUGCCUUGCGCGACGCCAGUGUCCCCAACCUUAAAUUGAUCGAUACUGCCGUGCAGCAAAUCCGUGGAUCCCGGCGCGUCGACUCCAAGACCGCCGAUUCCGAAAGCGAAAAUGAGAAUCUCAAAAAAUUCACAAUUGACAUGACUGCUCUCGCUCGCGAGGGUAAGAUCGAUCCUGUCAUUGGUCGCGAGGAAGAGAUCCGCCGUGUUAUUCGAAUCCUGAGUCGUCGAACAAAGAACAACCCUGUCCUGAUUGGUGAACCCGGUGUUGGUAAGACAACCAUUGUAGAGGGUCUGGCCCGCCGAAUCGUCAAUGCCGAUAUCCCUGCCAAUUUGGCCCAAUGCAGGCUCCUGUCUCUCGACGUCGGCUCUCUAGUUGCCGGCAGCAAAUAUCGCGGCGAGUUCGAGGAGCGAAUGAAGGGUGUCCUCAAAGAAAUCGAGGACUCCAAAGAAACUAUCGUUCUCUUUGUCGAUGAGAUCCACCUUUUGAUGGGCGCUGGAUCGAGCGGCGAAGGCGGCAUGGAUGCGGCCAAUCUGCUGAAGCCGAUGCUGGCUAGAGGCCAGCUGCAUUGUAUCGGUGCGACCACUCUGACCGAGUACCGCAAGUACAUUGAGAAAGACCAGGCUUUCGAGCGCCGGUUCCAACAGGUUCUUGUCAAGGAGCCGUCGGUGUCUGAAACCAUUUCCAUUCUCCGUGGUCUCAAAGAGAAAUACGAAGUCCACCACGGUGUCAACAUUAUGGAUGGUGCCAUUGUUGCUGCGGCUACCCUGGCUGCUCGCUAUCUCACAGCCCGCCGUCUCCCCGACUCGGCAGUUGACCUCAUCGAUGAGGCUGCCGCUGCGGUUCGAGUCACCCGUGAGUCUGAGCCCGAGGCACUCGAUACUCUGGAUCGAAAGCUCCGCCAACUCCAGAUUGAGAUCCAUGCCUUGGAGCGUGAGACGGAUGAAGCUUCCAAAGCUCGGCUCGAAAUUGCCAAGCAAGAGGCUGCAAACGUCACCGAGGAACUGCGACCUAUGCGCGAGAAGUACGAAAGCGAAAAGAAGCGUAGUAAGGAAGUGCAAGAUGCCAAGAUUAAGCUCGACUCCCUGAAAGUCAAGCGCGACGAGGCUGAGCGCUCCGGCGAUACUCAAACAGCUGCCGAUCUCGAAUACUAUGCUAUUCCUGAGACCAAGAACCUCAUCGAGCGUCUUGAGGCUGAUCGAGCCCGAGCUGAUGCGGAGCGACAUGCUACCGCUGGUGAGGGUGGUGAGGCUCUACUCGCUGAUGCAGUUGGACCCGACCAGAUCAACGAGAUCGUCGGUCGCUGGACUGGUAUCCCUGUCACGCGACUCCGCACCACCGAGAAGGACAAGCUGCUGAACAUGGAGAAGAAGUUGAGUAAGCUUGUGAUCGGUCAGAAGGAGGCAGUCGUCUCUGUUUCGAACGCCAUCCGACUGCAACGCUCCGGCCUGAGCAAUCCGAACGCCCCUCCCAGUUUCCUCUUCUGUGGUCCUUCGGGUACGGGUAAGACUUUACUCACCAAGGCCUUGGCUGAAUUCCUCUUCGACGACCCCAAGGCCAUGAUCCGAUUCGAUAUGUCAGAAUACCAGGAGCGCCACUCACUCAGCCGAAUGAUCGGUGCUCCUCCUGGCUACGUUGGCCACGAUGCCGGUGGCCAGCUGACCGAAAGUCUUCGUCGACGCCCCUUCUCCAUUCUCCUCUUCGAUGAGGUUGAGAAGGCAGCCAAGGAAGUUCUCACCGUCCUCCUACAACUCAUGGAUGACGGACGUAUCACUGACGGCCAAGGCCGCAUUGUCGAUGCCAAGAACUGCAUCGUCGUCAUGACCUCCAACUUGGGCGCAGAAUUUCUUGCCCGCCCAACGACCAAGGAUGGCCAAAUUGACCCGCAAACUCGCGAGAUGGUCAUGGGUGCACUUCGCAACUACUUCCUGCCGGAAUUCCUCAACCGUAUUUCCAGCACCGUUAUCUUCAACCGUCUCACCCGGAAGGAGAUCCGCAAGAUCGUCGACCUUCGUCUCAACGAGGUCCAGAAACGCCUUGAGCACAACGGCCGUAAUGUCGAAAUUUGCUGCAGCGAGGAAGUCAAGGAUUACCUUGGCGAUGCGGGUUACUCGCCAGCUUAUGGUGCCCGACCCUUGCAGCGACUCAUCGAGCGCGAAGUCCUCAAUCGCCUCGCUGUCCUCAUUCUCCGUGGCAGUAUCCGGGAUGGCGAGCAGGCUCGUGUUGUUCUUCGCGAUGGUCACCUCGACGUCCUGCCUAACCACCAUACUCCCACUGACAGCGACGGAGAUGAAUCCAUGAGUGACUCUGACUCCUCCAUCGCUGAUAUGGAGGAUGAAACUGGCAGCAUGGAUCUCUACGAUGAGUAA